AUGGAGCUCGGCGUGGUGGUCGGUGGGCCCGAGGCGGCGGCGGCAGCCGCCGGGGGCUACGGGCCGGUGAGCGGUGCGGUGAGCGGGGCCAAGCCGGGGAAGAAGACCCGGGGCCGCGUGAAGAUCAAGAUGGAGUUCAUCGACAACAAGCUGCGGCGCUAUACGACCUUCAGCAAGAGGAAGACGGGCAUCAUGAAGAAGGCCUAUGAGCUGUCCACGCUGACAGGGACACAGGUGCUGUUGCUGGUGGCCAGUGAGACAGGCCAUGUGUAUACCUUUGCCACCCGCAAACUGCAGCCCAUGAUCACCAGUGAGACCGGCAAGGCAUUGAUUCAGACCUGCCUCAACUCGCCAGACUCUCCACCCCGCUCAGACCCCACCACAGACCAGAGAAUGAGUGCCACUGGCUUUGAAGAGCCGGAUCUCACCUACCAGGUGUCGGAAUCUGACAGCAGUGGGGAAACCAAGGACACACUGAAGCCAGCAUUCACAGUCACCAACCUGCCGGGUACCACCUCCACCAUCCAAACAGCACCCAGCACCUCAACCACCAUGCAAGUCAGCAGCGGUCCCUCCUUCCCCAUCACCAACUACCUGGCACCAGUGUCUGCUAGCGUCAGCCCCAGUGCUGUCAGCAGUGCCAAUGGGACUGUGCUCAAGAGUACAGGCAGUGGCCCUGUCUCCUCUGGGGGCCUGAUGCAGCUGCCCACCAGCUUCACCCUCAUGCCUGGUGGGGCAGUGGCCCAGCAGGUCCCUGUGCAGGCCAUUCAGGUGCACCAGGCCCCACAGCAAGCGUCUCCCUCUCGUGACAGCAGCACAGACCUCACGCAGACCUCCUCCAGCGGGACAGUGACGUUGCCCGCCACCAUCAUGACGUCGUCUAUACCCACAACUGUGGGUGGCCACAUGAUGUACCCUAGUCCCCAUGCAGUGAUGUAUGCCCCCACCUCGGGCCUGGCUGAUGGCAGCCUCACCGUGCUCAAUGCCUUCUCCCAGGCACCAUCCACCAUGCAGGUGUCCCACAGCCAGGUCCAGGAGCAAGGUGGUGUCCCUCAGGUGUUCCUGACAGCACCCUCUGGGACCGUGCAGAUCCCUGUUUCUGCAGUUCAGCUUCACCAGAUGGCUGUGAUAGGGCAGCAAGCUGGGAGCAGCAGCAACCUCACCGAGCUCCAGGUGGUGAACUUGGAUGCCACCCACAGCACCAAGAGUGAAUGACCCGCCCGCCGCCCUGGACAGACGGCCCAGGGACGGCGCCACUUAUUUAUUGUUGCCUUUUCACGUUUUCUUCACACAUCGACUGGCCGAAGGAGGGGGCAGGGAGGAGGGGUAGGCAGCCACAGGACUGUGCCCUCUCACUCCAGCCAAAGAAAUGGGCCUGCCUGCCCUCCACCUGCCCUCCCUCACCCUCCCCUCUUUCCUGCUCCACCAAUCAUGCUGUUGAUGGUAGAGCCCUCAGACCCCUUGCCAGCUUGGCUCAACGUUUGCUAUGAGUAUUAGCUUACCCAGGGACUGUGCCCACCUUCCCACUCACAGGCUUUCUGUGGGACUGGGCGCAGUGUCCCCCUCUGAGGAAGCAUUUGGGGCCCUCUCUUCAGCCUCUUUGGUGACCUCUGGUUAGUUCUGUGUUUGCCACAGUCUGGGUCAAAAGAGCCCUGCCCCUGCCCCUCAGGGAGCCAAGUGGGAGAGAUGGGGGUUUCUUCCCUCAUGCCGCCACCCUCUGUCCCCUUCAGCUCCUGAAUGACUGGGCCUGUGCACUGGACAGGUUACUGGGGCCACCUGCCCUGCCUUGCCGCUCUUGGGUUGGAGGGAACCUCCCGCGUUCUCUCUUCCCCUUUGUCUUCCCCCUUCUCCCAGCUGCUUUACUUAAAAGUUGAUUUUGAACUUUUUAUUUGAGGAGAUGAAGUGAAAACAAAUCUAUAAAUAUAUAUUUUUAAAAUAUUUAACUUUUUUUUAAUGGCGUUUUUCUCAUCCCCCUCCAUGCCCAAACUCCCCUUUCCUGGGGAGCCCUCAGGCUCUAAAACUGGCUGGGCCUCUGGGGACAGCCACCCCGUGAGCUCGGGGUCCACCAGUGUGUAUGGGGGGACAGCCACCCCAUGAGCUCGGGGUCCACCAGUGUGUUUGGGGGGAGAUUCUGGGUCUGCCCCACAUCCUGGGUUCUUUCCAGGAGAAAGCUGGGGGAGGGGCCCUCAGGCCAUGCCCCAAAGGUGAGGGCGGGGUGACCCACAACCAUAGGCCUCUUUUGUCCUGUAGGGUUGUGACUAGGAAGAGGGAGACCAAAAGUGGGGUAGGGUGGGGGGUCAGACGGAGAUUUCAUUUGUGCCACAGCAUGUCAUUGCAGUCUUGCGUUCCCCCAGGCUUGCAGCUACCUGGGGCCCAAGUUGCAGUGAGCAGGAUGGGGUCUGGGAGGUGGGGAGACACAGGAAUGGGGGUCAUAUAGGAGCAGCUCUUGUCUGAGCGCAGCAAUGGAGAGCCAGAAAUGGGCAGCUCUCCCAGGGAGUGAGCAGCUACUGUAACUUUUUUAAAUUAAGACAAAAAGCCUUGAAGAAAAUGACUUUAUUUUUCUAAGUGUAACCUCAGUAUUUAUGUAAUUUGUACAGGGCCAUGCCCCACCCCCUUAGAACCUGCUUGGGGACCUUGAGGGUGGGCUAGCAUAGGGGGAGGGUAUUUUACCCUGUGUCAGAGCCAGCCUAAACCACCUGCUUCCAAUAAGGGAGCUUUUUCAGGAUGGCACUUGGGGUGGAGUGUUAAUCCCUUGCUACUGCCCUCAGUAGGCACAUGCCUGCUUCUGAGGUUAAGUGAGGGGUGGGGAGGGGUUAUGCACAGCCUAGGUAUCCCGGGGAUGAUCUGACAUGUUGGAGGACCUCCCAACCUCUGAUCCCCAUUGCUAUCUUCCCUAGCUGGGGAUGCCACCAUUCUGGGCUUUCUCCUGGAAAUAGCUGGGGCCUUGGGUGGCUUUCAAGACUGGGGCAUGGUAAAUCAGGGGUCAGAGUGGGGGAGCUUGGGACUCAGGUCUGUAACUGCCCAGCCCCUUUCUCUGCUCUUGUCCACUCCACCACCACCUCUCACUCACCACUCCCCCAACACAUAGGAGGAGAUGUUAGUUCCUCCUCACAAAGGUAGAUCCAGUGAGUGAAUCAGGCAAAGUGCUUAGAACGCGUGCUGUGUGACCGUGGCCUUGGGAGACCCUGCUUGUCGGGAUUGAGGUGGCAUUUAUAUGUGCAGCAACCCUUGGUGUUUCCCUUCCUAAGUGGCUCUGGGGUGUGUGUGCUUAUGUUUGAGUGAAUGUCUGUGUGAAUGUUGGGUGUAUGUGGGUAUAUCAGUGGUUUCUACUUCCCUGGGAUGUUGACCCAGGAAUAGUGGACAUGGUCACAUCCUAUGUACAGAGCUUUCUUUUGUAUUAAAAAAAAUACUCUUUCAAUAAAUGUAUCAUUUUUGUGCACAGA